GCAAAUACACUGGGAAUACAUUUUAUUUAUAUCUAAAUGAAAACAUAGUUAGGAAAUACACUUAGAACUACAUUAAUACAGAGUAUUAUAUAGAGUAUUAUACUGGAGUACUACAUGUACAAACAAAACUGAAGAAUACUAUAAAAACAGUACUAGAAGAGUCAACUGCAAGUGAAAGUGUUGCACAUCUAAAGAUUAUGGCUGGACUGAGUACUCUCCUGUGGUUCAUCUUAAUUCUAACAGCAGUUUUCUCCAUCGGCAAUGCUGGCCUCAAAGAAAAUUGGAUUGAAAUAAUAACUGAACACCCUGUAACUGAUCCUGUUUGGUGGACAAUUGGUAACCUCACAAGUGUAAACUUCCAAGUCAGAACAUGCGGUAGUGUUUCUAUCCAACUUGAAGCCAAAGGAAAAAACAAAUCGUCUACUAUCUACAAGAUAGGCAUUGGCCAUAUGAGAUUUGGAAGAAAGAUAAGAAAGGGAAUUGAGAUUUAUAAACCUCUAGAAGGUAAGAAUCCAUGGGCCAAGACAUAUGGAGAUGAUUUCUUGAACUGUAGUGAAUUCCGAAGUUUCUGGAUAAGCUGGACUGAUGGUAAUGUUAAAGUUGGAACAGGAGUAAAUGAAAAGGAGGGAGAGCUAGUUCUAAAGAAGAUGGAUGUCAAUGCGUCUAGAGUCAAUGCUGUUAUAUUCGAUUCAGUAUUUGGUGGAAGUGGAGAGUGGAGAGUUGAGCGCCAUCCGAGUGUUGCUGUGGCAGAUAUAACAAUGGCAACAGUAUUAGCUGUAGGAGAGACAAACCACCUCAUAUUUGAGGUGAAGACUUGUGCAGUCUUGGCCAUAUACAUCCAAGAUACCUCUGGGGAACAAUCCAUAUUGAUUAGUCUUGAUGGGGAAUCUAAUGACAAUGCUAUGGAGCGAGAAUUUGCUCUAGCAUUUUCACUUGCCAAACUUAAGAAGAAGUUACUCACAUGUAAAAAAUAUGAACCAUUUUGGAUAAGUUGGUCCAAGAAAAUGGUGAAAAUAGGAACUGGAUCUAUCGUUGGCACAGAUACUCUAAUGAGAACAGAUUUUAUGGGACCUGACAACAAAAAGUUUGAUAUUGAGAUAAUUGUAUUGGAUCACUAUAGUGGACAUUUAAAACUAAAUGCGACCAGAUGUCCUGUUGGAUUCUGGUAUCACCCAAAAUUCAAGUCUUGUUAUAACUUUGUCUAUGCAACAAGAUUACC